AAGCCGCCCGUGGCCUCCUCGGCCACACUCCUGUCAUCCGCUCUCAACAUGGCUGCGCUCGUCUUCUUUCUGGCGGCAACUCUCCUGGGCCCACUGGAGGCCUUUGACCUGGGCCAGUCCACCCGAUGCGUGGCCAUCCCCAACCAGAUGAAGGUGUGCAAAGAUGUGGGCUACUCCGAGAUGCGCCUCCCCAACUUCUUGGGCCACAGCAACCUGGAGGGCGAAGUGGUGCCCCGUUCUGAGGAUUGGAGACCCCUGCUGCAGACAGGCUGCCACCCCCAAGCCCAGGCCUUCCUCUGCUCCCUCAUCGCUCCCGUCUGUCUCGACACGUUCAUCCAGCCCUGUCGGAGUCUGUGCGUGGCUGUGAGAGACAGCUGUGCACCCGUGCUCGCCUGCCAGGGGCACCCUUGGCCCCAAGCUCUUGAGUGCGACCGCUUCCCCGCCGAGGAAGACAUGUGCCUGUCUCCGCACGUCAAGUUCAUCCAUUUUGCUAAAGAUUUGCCCAAAGCAGCGUGUCAAAACUGUCCUCUGGUGGAAGAAGCUCCCGCUAUGAAAACGGUCCUGGAUGCUUUUUGCCAGCACGACUUUGCCGUGACAGCCAAGCUGCACCGCCGCCGCCUCCUGACGGGUGAGCCCGAGUUUGAGGUGGAGGGCCGGGUGGAAUUCAUCCGCCAGGGUCCGCUGCUGCCCUACGACACCAACCACCUGCUCCACCAGUGGCUGCUCAUCAACUCGCGCUGCGCCAACGCGCUGGUGCGGCCCGGACGCUCACAGCUCUACGUGCUGACCGGCUCGGUGCGGCCCGACGGCACCCUCGCCAUCGCCCGCCUCUUCCCCUGGCACAAGAAGGACGCCAACAUCGCCGUGGCCACCCGCAAGUGGAAGCAUCACAGAUGUUGA